GGAGAGAAUGGGACCAAAAGUCGACAGUGCCCUCCUUUAUUGAAGGUGUUCUGCCGCUACUAGUACUGAUGCCCUAUAUGGAUAUAUGAGGUAUGAUCAUCAGGCCUUAGCAGGGAUUAUUGUGAUGUCACUGCCAGUGACUUUGAUUCUUGGUUACGAAGUGUUGACUCAGACUGGCUCAUGGCUGAACUGCAAUCAUGUUGAAAAGGACUGAACUGCAGGGCUCUCAGUCAUUUCCCGGGCUCUCCUUUUUCAAGUAAGCUAUUGACAUGAUAACAAUGCUUCCAUCUGAAGCUGUUGAAGAGUAUGACCCAUACAAGGAGGAACGCCUUGGUAGAGUGCGAGAAGUUGGUAAUCAAGCAGUUUGGAGUCUCUCUACAUGCAAGCCAGGUUUUGGCGUUGACCAGCUGAGAGACCUCUCGCUGGAGACUUACUGGCAGUCGGACGGUCCGCAGCCGCAUCUAAUUAACAUCCAGUUCAAACGGAAAACCACCGUUCAACAGGUGUGCAUCUAUUCCGACUUCAAACAGGAUGAGAGCUACACACCAAACAGGGUGUCGAUCCGCGCGGGCACCAGUUUCCACGACCUGCGUGAGCUGGAGGUGCGCGAGCUCUCCGAGCCGUCCGGCUGGCUGGUGUUUGCGCUGCGCGGCGCUGACGACCGCCCGCUGCGCACCUACCACCUGCAGAUCGCCGUCAUCACCAACCACCAGAACGGGCGCGACACGCACAUGCGCCAGGUGCGCGUGCACGCGCCCGUCGAGCAGCGCGGCGUCACCGUACAGCCGGUGGGCAGCUUCGUCAGCGUCGAGUGCUCCCAGUACGCGUGCCUGAGGUAGCGGAGAUGGAGGGCGGUGGGCUGUCCGCGCCCGCUCCGGUGUGGUGAGGUCGGGAUUGGACGGCUCGUCCGCUCGUUGUGCUGAAUUGCCGGUGAACUAAACUGCUUUACGACUGGUGUCCGGCGCAUAUUCAGUGUUGUGUACCAUUAACUUGCAAACCAGCAAUUGAUGUAGACUGUUACCGGACCCGGUGCCCAGCUGUGCCCGACUAGUGCUGAAUGCUGAUGCUUAUGGGCACCAAGUGACAGUAAUUGUUCAUGCUUGCAGCUACAUGCCAUUUUGUAAGUGUAUGUGCACUUUGUAGUGCUUUAUGUUCAUUUUAUUUGUGGUCAUAAACAUAUGUCAUGCUCGUAAAUUCAUAAUAAUGUCAUAUGAACUUCUAGUGAGAAGCAUCAUGGCCUUUGGUGAAUGUGAGAAAUGACAAUAUGGAACAUUCAUGUGUACCUCCUCGCAUUGUCAUUGAAAUGUAAAAUAAAAUGUCAUCGAUGCUGUU